GAAAAUGGGAGCACCCGUUGAUUUGAGACGUCCUUUGGAAUAGUCGGUGAUUGGUUGGAAGUUUGAGGCGCUAUUGGCUAAACAACAGCCACAGCUAUUGGUUCUUUUCAGCAGAAGAGGCAUGACUCAGUUGGUAAUUUGCAUAAGACUUUCUAUAUACCUUUGAGGUAUCGAGGAGGAGCGUUACAGUUUUUAGUAUACGAUAAACUAAAUAUGCCUGAGCCAGCGAAGUCUGCACCCAAGAAGGGAUCCAAGAAAGCCGUGACUAAGACGGCAGGAAAGGGAGGAAAGAAGCGCAGAAAGACCAGGAAGGAGAGCUAUGCCAUCUACGUGUACAAGGUCUUGAAGCAGGUCCACCCUGACACCGGUAUCUCCUCCAAGGCGAUGGGCAUCAUGAACUCGUUCGUGAACGACAUCUUCGAGCGCAUCGCUGGAGAGGCUUCCCGCUUGGCUCACUACAACAAGAGGUCCACCAUCACCUCCAGGGAGAUCCAGACCGCAGUGCGUCUGCUUCUGCCCGGUGAGCUGGCCAAGCACGCCGUGUCCGAGGGAACCAAGGCUGUCACCAAGUACACCAGCUCCAAGUAAAGCCCAGUGUUUUGUUGUUCCAAAGGCUCUUUUAAGAGCCACCCAAACGUUCACUGAAAAGCUAUUCCCGCCAGCCAUGGCUACUUUAUCAAUCGUUGCUGAUUCAUAAAUACGCAGACAAAUUGGUAACUGGUAAUGUUGAGCGUGUUACUUAUCUAAUAUAGGCUACGGUUGCAUAUCGUGCAUAAAAGUUUGGAUCCCUGUAUGUUUAUAGAAGUAUGACCUCAAACUGACAUCGCCUACCUUGUCCACAGAGAAAGCAAAAACCAGAUGUGUUUUUUUAUCCAUACCAUCAGUGAGUAGUUGGCACGUUGUGUGCUUAUUAUUGUGAUGGCUUGUGUUUUGAUACGAAAACACAAUUUUUACGAAGGUGUGAAGAGUUAAGCAAGGUGUGUAAGCUUUU